GAAGCGGAGCGGAGUAUCAGUUGAGCUUCCGGGCAGCCACACACACAGCACAACGUAACGCACCUGCUUCCAUCACGAGGGACCUUCGCAUCCACGUGCUUGUAUUUGCACAACAACGUCACGUGGACGGGUUAUCAGGUUGAUAGGGAAUUACAGGAGGUUAUGUCUAUAUAUACGUACGUAUGUUGAAUUUCUUUCGCACGGUACGUAGAUAACUGUGCUAAUAUAUUUACAGGCAGUAUUAAAUAUACAUUUCUUGGGUGAAUAAAAAAAAACACGCGCGCUCGCAAUUUUUUUUUGCUUUUGGGGUUUGCAACGCGUCCUUGGGACAUGGCAGAGCAGGGGGAGGACGAUCAGUUUAGAUCCAAGCUCUCUCCGACGGCUGACAUCGCGGCAGGGACGUUCCUCCUGGCCGUAACGGUACUGUCCCUCGCGGGCAACGGCGCCGUGCUGGGAGUGGCGGCGCGCCGCUGGGCCAAGCUCAAGGCUCCCGAGCUGCUGUCCGUGAACCUGGCGCUCACCGACCUGGGCAUCGCCGCCUCCAUCUACCCCCUAGCGGUGGCCUCGGCGUGGAACCACCGCUGGCUGGGAGGGCAGCCCGUGUGCACCUACUACGCCUUCGCGGGAUUCUUCUUCGGCACGGCGAGCAUGGGGACGCUCACGGCCAUGGCCGGGGUGCGUUACAAGGGCACCUCGACGCAGGUCCACGUGAAGCAAAUCACCAAGCGAGCGAUGCUGGCGGUGAUCGUGGCGGUGUGGGCCUACGCGCUGCUCUGGUCCUGCCUCCCUCUCCUGGGAUGGGGCAGGUACGGCGUGGAGCCGUUCGGCGUGUCCUGCACGCUGGCCUGGGCCGAGCUGCAGCUGACGCCGGGCGGCGUGGCCUUCCUGUACGCCAUGUUCGUGCUGUGCCUGCUGUUGCCGGCGAUCGCCAUCGGCCUGUGCUACGCGGGCAUCGUGUGCAAGCUGCGGCGCGCGUACCGAGAAGGGCGCAGCAAGCGGCGCACGCCCACCGCUCGGCACGUCGAGAGCCGCCUCACCAAGAUGGCGGUGCUGGUGACUGUGGGCUUCAUCGGCUGUUGGUCUCCGUACGCGAUCGUCAGCCUGUGGUGGCUAUUCCGCAGCCCGGGCUCCAUCUCCCCGCUGGUGUCGCUGCUGCCCUGCCUGUUCGCCAAAUCCUCCACGGUCUACAACCCCCUCAUCUACUACCUCUUCAGCCGCUCCUUCCGCGCGGAGCUGCGCUCCACGCCCUGCUCCUGCCUGGAGGCGCGGCGCCCGAGCACGUCCAGCGAGAGCGCGCCCCCUGUGCCCCACCGCGGCGCGCGAAGGAACUCCCAGCGCGUGUGGAGCAUCACCGAGGCGAGGCCCGGGGGCGGGUCCCAUCCGCCGGGCGACGGCGCGGGUCUCCGCGGCAGCGCCGCCGCCGCCGCCGCUCGCGACGCCGCCGCCGCCGCCGACGACGAGGCGGUGGAGGGCACGACGGAUGACGGCCCGUGCCCGCCGAAGGACGUCGCCGCGAUGAUCCCGCUCGUCAGCUUCGACGGCGGCGGCGGCGGCGGCUCCUCCGCCGCGAGUUCGGAGGGGCUGCUGCCGCCGCCUUCCGUCGAGGGCGCGCACCGCGUGCUGCUCGAGAGGGCGCCUCCGGGGUGCGAGCGAGGGAAGAGAGGGACGUAGCUCCUGGCCGCGCCACGAGAUUUCGCGUCUCGCGUCGGCGUAGGUUUCUAUAGCGAUUACAACACGUGUUCGUUUAGAUAAUCGUGUAGUUGUUGAUAAUAAGGAGUGGUGGCGGGGGGGGGGUGUUGAAAGUGGUGGUGUAGCUUUUGGCGAGGACAGGUGGGAGCGGUUAAGAGUUAAUGAUAGGGGUUGGGGUAGUGAUAUGGGUAGGGGUUGUGAUAGGGGUUGGGGU